UUACAAAAAACCCGCCCGCCUCUCUCUUUCCCUUUAAAAUCCCAAAGCGAGCGUCUUUUCAAUCACUUUCGAUUAUCCUGUGCACAUCGACUUAUCCUGUGCAUCUAACUCUAUGGCGCGCGAUAUCCAGCUUCCGUGCGAUGGAGACGGCCAGUGCAUGCGUUGCAAAAUCAAUCCGGCGGCCGAAGAGACUCUUACGUGCUGCUUGUGCGCCACUCCUUGGCACGUCACGUGCUUGAUCAAACCUCCGGAGACUCUCGCCUCUACCAUUUCGUGGCAUUGUCCGGAUUGUUCUGGAGAUGAGGAGGUGGCUGUACCUUUGGGCGCGGCGGAUGCCGGAGAAGGCGGAGAGAUAGUGGCGGCGAUACGAGCCAUUGAAGCGGACGAGACGUUGACGGAGAAGGAGAAGGCAAGGAAGAGGCAGGAGUUGAUGAGUGGGAGAUUUGAGAGAAUGGAGGGAGAUGAUGAGGAGAAAAAGAAGAAAGGAAAGGAGAAGGAGAGUGAUAGAGGAAAAGAUGUCAUGGACUUGCUCGAUGGAAGCUUGAACUGUUCGUUUUGUAUGCAGUUGCCCGAGAGACCUGUUACGACACCGUGUGGCCACAAUUUCUGCCUUAAAUGCUUCCAGAAAUGGAUUGGGCAAGGGAAGCGUACAUGUGCUAAAUGCCGCAAUACAAUUCCCCCCAAAAUGGCAAGUCAACCUCGUAUUAACUCUACCCUUGUAGCUGCCAUUCGUAUGGCAAAGCUGUCAAAAUCAAACCAAGCUUGUGGACCACUGAAGGUUUAUCAUUUUGUGCACAACCAAGAUCGGCCUGACAAAGCAUAUACUACUGAGCGUGCGCAGAGAGCUGGGAAGUCCAAUGCUGCAAGUGGAAAGAUAUUUGUCACUGUACCACCUGAUCAUUUUGGACCUAUCCCUGCUGAGAAUGAUCCAGGGAGAAAUCAGGGUGUGCUUGUUGGGGAAUGCUGGGAAGAUAGAUUGGAGUGCAGGCAGUGGGGUGCUCAUCUUCCUCAUGUUGCUGGUAUAGCUGGACAGUCAACCUAUGGUGCUCAGUCAGUGGCUCUCUCUGGAGGUUAUGAGGAUGAUGAAGAUCAUGGAGAGUGGUUUCUCUAUACAGGAAGUGGAGGUAGAGAUCUCAGUGGUAACAAACGUACAAACAAGGAGCAGUCCUUUGAUCAGACAUUUGAUAAAAUGAAUGAGGCUCUCCGAGUUAGUUGCAUGAAGGGCUACCCUGUUCGGGUUGUAAGAUCUCACAAAGAGAAGCGUUCUUCUUAUGCCCCUGAGAAAGGUGUGCGCUACGAUGGAGUCUAUAGAAUUGAAAAAUGCUGGCGAAAAGUUGGAAUUCAAGGUUUCAAGGUGUGCCGUUAUUUAUUUGUUAGGUGUGACAAUGAGCCAGCUCCAUGGACGAGUGAUGAAUUUGGGGACAGACCAAGACCUUUGCCUGUUGUUCAAGAACUUAAGAAGGCUACUGACAUAACAGAGAGGAAGGAAAGUCCAUCCUGGGACUUUGAUGAAGAAGAUUCUAGCUGGAAAUGGAAAAAACCUCCACCUCCCAGCAAAAAACCAGUGGGUACAGGAAAUCCUGAGGACAGAAAGAGGAUAAGGAAAGCUAUAAGGCAAGCACAGAAUUUAAGUGUAAGGGAGAAGCUACUGAAAGAGUUCAGCUGCCUUAUCUGUCGGCAAGUGAUGACUCUUCCAAUUACCACACCAUGUGCUCAUAACUUUUGCAAGUCAUGUUUGGAGGGUGCAUUUGCUGGUAAGACUUUCAUCAGGGACAGAAGCAGAGGUGGACGGACACUUCGAUCACAAAAGAAUGUCAUGCAGUGUCCUUCAUGCCCAACUGACAUAUCUGAAUUUCUUCAAAAUCCUCAGGUUAACCGUGAAUUAAUGGAUGUGAUUGAAUCACUGAAACGUAAGACCGAGGAAAGUGGGGAUCCUGCUGCUGAGUUGAGUGAAGAAGACACUGAUGAAAUGGAGGAAAAACCUGAUCCAACAUCUGCAACCAAUGACACUGCUGCAGAAAUGUCUGAGAAAAAUGACAUGAAAGAGGAUUUGCAAAGCCCUCCUGCCAAUGCCAAACCCAAACAAGGUGGCAAGCGGAUGAAAGUUGACAAGGAUGGAGAGAAAAAGAGGAUCUUAACUGAGAAUCCUGAUGUUCCAGAUGCAGACACUGAAAUUGAACAAAUUCAGUCUGGUGUUCCUGAAAAUGGAAAGGACUUGUCUAACGAUAAUGAUAGCUUAGUGAAACAGAGUUCUGGUGUACGGUCUCCUGCCAAUGUCAAACCCAAGCGGACUAGCAAGUGGAUGAAAGUUGACAAGGAUGGAGAUCCAACAUGUGCAACUAAUGACACUGCAGCACAAAUGUCUGGGAAAAAUGACAUGAGAGAGGAUUUGCAAAACCCUACUGCCAAUGGCAAACCCAAAAGGUCUAGCAAGCGGAUGAAAGUUGACAGGGAUAGUGAGGAAAACAAGACUUCGACUGAUAGUCCUGAUGAUCCAGAUGCAGACACUGAAGGAGACUCACCAUCAAGUACCCUCCAUCUGCAGUCAUCAGAGGGUGAUAUUGAAUAGCUUGCGCCUUCUGGUUGGAUACCAUCAGAUAUGCAACUUCAUUUUGGCAGUGAAGUUACUGCAAUUUAAAGAUAUAUCAGUUAGAUAUUUUUUAUCUUGUUUUGAGUGUAGGGCUAGGGAAAUUAGGGAUUGACAACAGCAUGAUUAGUGUAUAAUUGCUGAUUUUUGGGGAGAUAAACUGUGAAUACUCAGUUUCUUCUCCUACUCGAUCCUAAACCAGUUAAGUUUGAUCUAUUUGAUAUGUAGCCCAUUGAAAGUAAUGUUAAUGUAAUUUCAUCAUUUGAACUUGGAAAAGUUAACUGCACUUUUCUAUCAUACACAUUUUUUAAUAUACAAUUAGGUAUAUAUAUGGAGUGUUAUUAUAUUA